AUGGCCAAUGCCAAUAAUGAACCCGAUUUUUCAUACAGAAUCUACCUACAAGAACAACUUUCUAUGGACCUCUAUUCCAACGCUGGAAGUGUGUUAUUAGACUCGCCUCAGCAGGAGAUGUUGACACAAAUACAAGGAGAUAAGUUUGUAGACAUUGGAAUCAUGUCCCGGGAAUCACUUAUGGCGUGGGUCUACGGAGUCAUCAACGAGCUCGAGUCAUUCGAGCUUCACAGGAAGAAUCUGAAAUCCGCGGCUUGGUCUCAAUUAUAUAGGAUUAUCAAAAACCACGAUGUCUUCAAGGAAUGGAUCUACAGCCGCCCUAGGACUGAUGCAUUAGGAUUCGUAAUCAGCCUUCGGGAUUAUACUUCAAACUCAUAUUAUAGCUCAGCAACUGUACUCGGUUACUGUCGCUCUGUGUGGCAAAAGAUUGAACAUGACUUAAGGGAUGAGAAUCCAACACGUUUCAUGAAAGAGUUGUUCCAACAAGUUUUUAUUCUUUGGCAUUUCAAAUGCUGCAUUAACAAUGUGUUGCGAGACUUUCAAGGUAGAUCUGCCUGCUUGUUUAUUAUCUCAAUCCAUGUAACAUACUGACUUUGCAGGUCUACCACCUACAACCCCACAUGAUACUUUUGUAGAGCUGACGAGCUAUAUAACGCAAGAUAUUGUGUCGAAUCCUUACCUUCCAAACCCUCGACUAGGUCCCACACCAGCAAACAUUCAAAUUGGUGGUCACUCAUUCAACGCCGCUAAUCCUAGUAGUAGCCCCAACGAUGUGGUGACAGCGAACAAUCAAGGAAGAGACAGGCAAUCGACUAAUUUGUCACGAAAUUCCAAGGACGCCCAAGUUGCUGAUGAUAUCAGAGCUAGACAACAUAGUGGCACAAAUACUACAAAUACUGUUCUUAGCCCGACUCUUUUGCCAAAGGUUAAAUUUGAACAAAACACAGACGGUAACGCAGCCUCCCACCAUACCAGAAACAUUUCGGAGGCCAGCAAGAAAGGUAUAGAAUCUCAAGCUGAUUCUUCCCUCACGCUCAACGCUAUUCAAACUACUGAGCAAAGCGCUAGUGCCUCCGAGGGCCGUCAUAUCAAGCAGGAGGUUAAUGAUGAACAUAGCCAGGAACAGAAAGCUGAAAGACGUCCAAUUGGAUGGAAACAAUACAUAAAGCAAAUUAUCGGUGUUGGAAAUAAUCAGUCUACAGUACAGCCAGCAGCGCAGUCCAACUCUGGAGUUCCAAGCAAAUCUACUAGCAACGCGGGAGAAAUUCUUAAACGUUCGGCUUCAGUUGGUAGCGAUAAUGGCGCUGUUCCUGUUCCUGCUCAGGCAAGCAAGAAGAUCAAAGUAGAAAAAGAAGAUCCUGCUAUUGCAGGCGGUUCUUCCUCGUGA